CAUAAACACCCCAUGCAGUUUACAGCCUGUGUAGAGAACAGUCUUGCAGGGAUGACUUGAGUUCACAAAACAGGUUGCUGGAAAUGUGUUUUUUAUUUCCCCCGCCAGGCCGGCCUGCGAUGUUUUCAGCUGCGGCCAAGAUGGGGGCCGUCACAGCUUUGCCUUGAGAAAGAUCCUGACCCUGAAUUAGCGAGAGGAAACUUCUUCCAGCGAGGGUGGGAAGGGUUUGCCUGGGGCUGGCAUGCGUUCCGGAGAUCCCGGCCACAAAAGAUCGCUCCUGAGGCCAGCCACUCAGUCGUCCCCCUCCAAACGUUCCUCCCUCUUCCACCAUGGCGUUUGCCGACCUACUUGAGAAGAUCGGGGGCAUGGGCCGCUUCCAGGUCCUGCAGGUGGCCUUGCUGGUCACUCCUGUCUUGCUGGUCGCCAGCCACAACCUGCUGCAGAACUUCUCCGCCGCCAUCCCCGACCACCACUGCCGGAUCCGGCUGAUCGGCAACGCCACCAGCCCUGGCCAUGCAAACAGAACUACUCAAAAGCCAGGGGUGGAGGAGGAGGACCUCCUGUGGAUCUACAUCCCCAAAGACGUGGCCGGGAAACCGGAGAAGUGUCGCCGGUUUGUUACACCCCGCUGGCACCUCCUCAAUUCCAGCGCCGACGACAGCCACAAUGUGACACAGGUGGACACGGAGCCGUGCUAUGAUGGGUGGAUCUAUGACAACAGCGUUUUUGUCAACACUAUCAUCAUGGAGUGGGAUCUGGUGUGUAACCUGCGGACCAGGAGACAGAUGGCACAGUCUAUUUACAUGGGGGGAGUUCUGGUGGGCGCUCUCGUGUUUGGGAGCUUAGCUGACAGAUUUGGGCGCAAGCCAGUUUUAAGCUGGUCCUACCUGCAGAUGGCCGUUGCAGGACUGUGCACCGCUUUCUCCCCGAAUCUCACAGCCUACUGCAUCUUCCGCUUCCUGGUUGGCAUGUCGUACUCUGGGAUUAUCCUGAACUGCAUGUCCUUAGUCCUUGAGUGGGUACCAACCAAAGUGCGCACGAUUGCUGGGACUGUGGUGGGAUAUUCUGCAACCACCGGGCAAAUCAUCCUUCCUGGACUGGCCUACGCCCUCCCAGACUGGCGCUGGCUCCAGUUCGCUGUUUCAGUGCCCUUUCUCGCCUUCUUUGUCUACUCCUGGUGGUUUGCAGAAUCCGCACGGUGGUUAAUACUCUCAAACCGACUGGAACAGGCUGUGAAAGUUCUUAAGAGGGUAGCGCAGAUCAACAGGAAAAUGGAAGAGGGAGAGAAACUCAGCACAGAGGUCUUAAAAGCUAGCAUGCAGAAAGAAUUGUCUCUGACACGAUCAUCCUACACAGCCGUCAGCUUAGUUCGUACACCCACCGUGCGCCGGAUCUCCUGUUGCAUUUCCAGUGUCUGGUUUGCCACUAGUUUCGCUUACUACGGCCUCGUCAUGGACCUCCAGAACUUUGGCUUCAGCAUCUACCUGAUCCAGGUGGCAUUUGGCUGCAUCGACAUCCCGGCCAAGCUGGGUGCCGCCAUUGGGAUGAGCUACAUCGGACGGAGAACUACACAGGCCUCUUCUGUCAUCCUGGCUGGCUUAGCCAUCCUGGCCAAUAUAUUUGUGCCCCAAGGUAAGCUGAGGUCAAACAGAAGUGGUGAACGUCAUCGCUGCUUGGCACUGUGCAUAGCCACAGCUUGCACCCGUUGCUCGGAAAAUCAGUCCCAUGAGGUGGUUUGGCAGCCGAUGAUCAUAUACACCUUGGAGGGACCUCCCUGGCAAGUUGCUUGGGAAAGGAUGCUUGGCUUUCAUCCUUGGUUUGGGAUUGCCUCUAAUCUCUACACAGGCGAGCUCUACCCAACCGUGAUCAUACAGACCGGGAUGGGGCUAGGAAGCACCCUGGCUCGUGUGGGGGGCAUAGUGGCGCCGAUGGUAAAAAUGACCGGGGAAUAUUUUCCAUACCUCCCACCUCUCAUAUACGGGACAGCCCCAAUUCUGUCUGGGAUUGCCGCUUUCUUCCUGCCAGAGACACGCAACAGGCCGCUCUCAGAUACCAUCGAAGAAGUUGAGAGUGGACAGGUGCCAGAGCAACAUCUCCCUACCAAGGACCAUGAGCAGGUUUUGCUGCAGAAGGUGGGCCAGGAGAUGCCCCAGGAACCUGGACUGUGCUAAGAUGGGGGCAGAGGAAGCCGCUGGCCAUCUGCUGGGAAUUGCCAUGCCUUGAGCAUCCUCUGGAGGGAGGGAGGAGGGACGAGGGAGCGUCAGAAAUUGACAUGAAUGGACCAAAUAAAACAAAGAAUCUCUCUAGGCACAGGCAGAAGAUCAGGCCGAGCCUUUUUGCUUGUGGCAAAACGAUGCAGAAACCAGCAUUUGGGGUGCAAAAUUCCAGAUGUUCUUGCAUGGGCAUAGCCAGCAUUUAUGUUAGGGGUUCAGAACACCCACCUGUCAUCACCCUCUCUGGCUCUGUCUAGCAGAUUCGGAAUGAAACGUCUCAACAACAGUUGUUUUAAAUUACUUUAUUUUCACCCCAAGAAAAAAAAUCUGUAAAAAUAUUCAGUUAUUUGAAAACUGGGAAGCUAAAUAAAAAAAUUAACAUCA